AUGCCGGCGCAAUGGCUUUUGUUUGUGUUGGUGGCGGCGGCGGAUAGUCAGGAGCCACCACUCUCUUGGUAUCCACAUGCACAAGCGCCUGAGGCCUUCAGCCAUCAGUAUGGAUCAUCUUCCAGGCCCAGGCAGCUCGCAGGGCAGCUCCCGCCGCAGUUCUUGCGUUGGAGCGUUGCAACUGACGUUUCGAUGGAUAUGAUCUUGGAGGCCCAGCUCUCCGAGCCAAUUCAAUUAGGCACGGCACCGAUUGAGCUGAUUGGAGACAAGUCUCAGACGAUUGCAUAUUUUUCUGCUCAGAUUCACGGCGCUUCACUCCGACUUGCAAUGCCUGCGAAUGUCCUCCCAGCGACUGACUAUCAGAUUGUUGUGAGGCCUGGUGCCAUAGUGAAUUUUGCAGGCCACGGCAACAAGCUAGCGGUCAAGGACAUCCGGACUGCUGGUCCAGUCAGUGGCUGGUGGUCUUGCAAUCUUGGUGUCAAGUGCAUCAUCAAGACAUCUGUGGAUGAAGACUUCAAUGAGAGUCAAAUAGCAGUGGUGCCAACUGGCUUGUGCAACGCACAUGCUUUCAAUCAUCCACGAUCACGAACUCAGUUUCUUCGCUGGACAACAGCGAGCGAUGUUAAUGAUCCCCAUGCCACAUAUGAUCUGGGCACACCUUCCAGCAAUCCAGGAAUUUACGAUCUUUGCUGGAGGUCUGGGCCGGAAGUGGCAUACUCUGCGUUCUUCGGACAGUUGCUGUUGGCAGGCCCCAACACUUGCAGCGCCAUGUGCCUGAGAGGCCGUAGCUGUCCUUUAGAAGUUUCUGGUUUCCAGGUCCCAGGAGGCACCAUCAGCGCACAUUCUGGACCGAGAGGAAACUGCGAUGGAGAUCCAAUUGCAGAACUGGUGCUUGAUGAAGAGCUGAAUGGAAGUUCUUCAGUCAUCCCUGCAGCUGCAUUUCAUCACACAAGCAGCGGUAACUACACCCUUUGCUGGAGGCUCCAUCCAGGACGCGCAAUCUUUUGUGGAAUGCUUUCAGUGUCAGGUCCCAUAAAGCUCACUGGUGCACGAGGUGCAGUGCUGGAGCCAGCCGCUUCAAAGCCCUUUGAGCUUCACGUCUUUGGAAAUGCCCUUGCCAUGAGCGACAGCAUUGCCUUUGUCAAUGACGAGGACUGCCUGCAGAAUGAGAGUUCCAAGCAAGAGGGAGACGAUGUGGAGUCUCAGAUGCAGAACUCUUCUGUUGUACUUCAGGCUGUUCAGCUUGCUGUAUCUACAUCUCCAUGGGUCGGAUUCACAGCUUCCCGCAAGACUUCUUUACGCUGGACAGUUCCAGGAAUGCCAGCUGGCAACUACACGCUUUGCUGGUGGUGCUUUGGCUGUGAUCCGGUACCAGUUGGACGUCUCAACAUUUCUUUGCCGCUCUGUGGGAAUGGAAAGCGAGAGGCCUUAGAGGCCUGUGAUGAUGGGAACAUGGAGCCGGAUGACGGCUGCAGCCCAAAUUGUCAGCUGGAACCCGGAUUCGAUUGCGAAAGCCGAGCUUCUUUGCCUGAUUUUUGCCGUGAAGUGAUUGACUUGAUGUUAUCCGCAACCGCCUCAAUGACAGGAGAUCCAGUGACUCCAGUCUCAAACCUUAUAUCAGGUUUGCCAUGGCUUCUUUCUUCAAUAGAAGGAUCAGCUCUGAUUGAACUACCAGGUCUUCACCAACUUCGGUCGGUGCGAUUUGAGAUGAUGUUCAGCGGGCAGAUGGGAAUUCAUAUAGAAACCCAUAAAUCUGGCCUUUGGAAGAGUCUGGCACGAUUGCCGUUGGAUGAUCAGCUUCACAAUUCCAGCAGCUGGACAUUUCAAGAUACUGAGUCCCAAUCUUGGGCCAAACUUGAUUCUCAGCGACAUGUAUUUGUAUCAACCUUGCAGCCACAUUUGUGCACUGCCAUCCGAGUCACCAUCAGAUUAACUGAUCGGUUGGGGCAGGCAAGUGGCCAACGCAAGCUGCACAAAUACAAUUGGAACUGCAGGAAUGAGGUCAAGAAAUUGGAACCAUGUGAGACUAUUGACGCUUGCCAACGCUUCUGCUUUCAAUUCGACUACUUUGCUUUCUAUUCGAAAUCACCGGAGACAGGAUGUAGAUGCUAUGUAUCUUGUGCCUCUGGCGAGCCAGUGGCUCAAGGCUGGCAAUCAACUGUGUAUCAGACCAUCCAAAAUAUCAGUGACACCGGUCCUGUAUCACCCUGGGGGCUCCGGAGUAUGGAAUUGAUUGGUGUCGCAGAGGCUGUGAACUGUUCACUCGCCCCAGAUUGCCGUGCUUUGCAUCGCUUAGCAUGUGAGGAUGGCAGGGUAGAUCAUCAGUGCGGUGACUGUCGUGACAAUUGGGUUGGAAAAAGUGGCCCAAGUGUGGAUCGCUGCAGUCCUCCACAAGUUCAAGAGUGCUUGACAGAUGAUUGGGCAGAUUGGAGCAGUUGCUCCCGGACAUGUGGCAUUGGUUGGUUCACACGCACACGAUCCAUCGUGCAGUAUCCAGAUGAAGGUGCCGAUGAUUGCCCUCUUCUUGAAGAAAAAAGACGAUGUAACCUCGGAAAGUGCAAUGAGCAAGCACCGUUCUGUGUGACUCGAAAUGCCAGUGAGACUACUGUCCCAUCCAGACGCUUGUCCAUGGUUCGCUCACCGCGCUUGCUUGGGGCUAGUGGCGCCCUUCAAGCAAACACGAGGCGGUUACAAGAUGCCGGGAAUGAAGAGCUUGCAGAACUGGAGGCAAGCAUCAUGCAGCUGGGCGCCGGUCUUCAGAUUGAGUCUGAGUCUGAAGACCAAUCCUGCCAGCUUUCUGCUGCCGGUGUUGAGCAGAUGGUAAGGCUGCAGGAUAUUGUGCGCGGUAAGCCAAACACAGGGUGCUCAAAAGGCUUCUACAUCCACCAGAUGAUUACUAGAUGCAUCACUGCCGACUCAGACCAGUGUGACAAAGCAUCUGGUGGAUUUGAGCCUGGCUGCUACUUGGUGCACUGCUGUGAACAAUGUGCUGCUGAUUGCGCAGAGUGCUUCGGCCCUGCGAUUGAGGACUGCUUGGUAUGUGGAUCAGGCAAGCUCCUUUUCUUGCACGAAAGUGGCAGGCGACAGUGCAUCACCAGCGCCACUUGUGCCAAACUAGGCUGCUUUCGACCAACAGCUGAUGGAAAAUGCGAGCGAGAUUUGAAGAGGUGGGACUGUGAUGCUGACGCUGUGGACCAUGAGCAGGACAAGAUCGAGCAGCUCGAGCCGGUCAACGACUCCUGUGCCCCAACGCUGGCACCACGGAUCCCACGAGCUUGCUCCGAACAGCCAUCUCUCGAUUGUUCCGAUGAGGCUUCCGGAAGACUUUGCUUUUAUGAUGAUAGCUGCAGGACUGCAGUGGGCACGGCGACAAGUGGAUGUGGUGCUGGUGGAUACCCAAACUGCCGCUGGUGUGGCUUUGAUGGCUAUGUCAGUUGCCCACUGGGUCGAAGACUGCAGGAGGACCAGAUCGACUCUCGCACCUCUGCCGCCGCGCAGCGAGCUGCUUUGAAGUUCCAAGCGGCAAGAGCUGUGAACAAGCUCAAGGGCUAUGGGAAGACGAAGUUGAAAGAGUUGGUCGUGCCCCACCUUGAGAGCUUUCUGAAGAAGAAGGUUCAGGACCCUCUACUCGAUACAUUGAGAGCCGCAGUCGGGCAUGCCAUCAAGCAAUCUCUGUCCACAGUGGCUCAAAGUUUCAUGCUGCAAGCGAAGGAGAGUGUUUUGGAUUUUUUCAACGUUGUGACUCCCACAGUGUCCUUGCUUUCAGACAGGUUGCAAAGCAGACUUGCAGAGAAGUUUGGUCCAGAUCUUCCCCACAACCAGUGCAAGCAGCUCUCAAACAUUGCUUCCAAACUUCUGCCACCAUUCAAUGUGCAGGACUCCCAAGACACCGUCAGAAUCAGACAGGUGUAUCAAAAAGUGCAGGAGCAGGCAACGCCUGUCAUACAGGAUUCUGCUUGCCACGGUGUGCGACUUUUGCUCAGACAGGCAGGAGUACUUGCUGUAGAGACUCUCCUUCCCCAAGCUGAUGCCAUUUUGAACGAGUCCUGGCAAGGCAUUCAUGUAACAAGCGUGCAGGACGAGUUGCCCAGGGUCUUUGCCAUGGUUGCUGAAGGGAGGGGGACCUUGUCAGCAGAGCUGUCUCGCACGAUGCAAGUGGAUGUAUUGGCUGUCGUCAAUCACGAGCUUCUUCAGGUUGAAAGCGAGUUGAGAGAGACAGCCAGGGGUGCCAUGCACGCCCUUCUGCCACAAGUAUUUGAUGUUGGCAACACAGAAGCUGGACAAGUGCAACGGGUGGUGGACUUUUUCAUACACAAGAUUCAGGGGCAUAGCGUGGAAUUGAUCCAGAGCAGCCUCCACAUGGCUUUGAAAGAUGCUGCAAGCCAUGCUGCCUCAUCUGAGGAACCAGUUGGUGCUCUAGAGGUUGCACUUGACAAGGGCUUGGCUAGUUUUAGAUCUGGCGUUCUCAGCUUCGGCCAAAUCUUCAAUGUUGACCUUGCGAUGACACUUGAUUCGAUUCUUCCUCCAGCGCAGCGGCAACUCAAGAAUAUCCUGAAGCAGCUCAUCUCGGGUACGGCUUCGAGCUUGAUUUCAACCAUAGUUCGUCGUGUGGACGACAUAGCCAGUACUGCAGUUGAGCGUGUUGGGGAUGCGAUCUCCAAUCAGGUGAAUGGUUUGGGUGUGAACCUGAUCAGAACAAUGUCAACUGAGAUGACAAAGGCGCUGGAGAAAGAUGGCAACGUGUUUGAUUCUGUUGCUGAGGCAGUCAAGAAAGUCCUCGGAAGUCUUCCGAAACAAAUUAAGAAGCAGCAAUUGGUGUCACAGAUUUGGAGCAACGCGAAGAAAGAAGUGGGGAGUUCCAUAGCUGAAUUGAAGAACUUGGUGAAGACCUCCAUCUAUGAGAUGCAGGACGCUUCCGGUCAAUUGCAUCAAGAUUCAAGGAAAGCUGUGAAUGCCGCCACGCAGGAUGCAAUCUUUCAAGUCCUGCUGUUUGUAGCCUCCAGAGUUGUUUCUUCCGUCUUGGCGCCUGACAUUGUGCUCCAUCUGGUGGAUGCCAUCGCAGCGACAGAAGUGGGAGAUGCUUUGCAGGCAGCUGCAGUGAGACUUGCGAGGGAGCAAGUGGGAUCUGUGCUGAGCCUUCCGGAGCCUGCCUCUUCCGAUUCAUCCUUUUCGUUGGAUGCAACCCUUCAGCAGGUGGAGCAAAAUGUUGAGAUAGUCCAGAACUUUCUACAAAGCAUGUCCACACCGUCAUUGGCAGACAAGUUCAAAGUGUGCAUGGGCUCCGAAGCCGAACAGCUGCACCAUGAGAUUGCGGAGAUCAUGGUUCAAAUUGCAAGCAAGUUUGCAGUGCAGCAGCUACAGAAACACUUUUUCGUUACCACGCUGAGCAAGCACACUGACCAGGCACCGGUUGAUGCGCAAAGCAUCUUGAAAGCCUUGUAUGCUGUGCUUCAACAGUCGCUUGGGCACUGCUUUGAACCCCUAGUAUCGUCGGAGCUCGUGAAGUUCUCAUUGCAGACGGUUGCCAAAGCACGCGCUGUGGCAGCCCAAUGCUCAUCGGAGCCUGCUGUCAUGCAUUUGAGUUUCCAGCGAGAAGUUGCCACUGAGAAGUACACAACUGGCAAGUUGCGUGUGAACAUAUCUGGUGACCAGCGCUUGCUCCUAGAAUUUGCGGAGUUGGGGUUGCCAGAUCGAAUUCCAGCAGGGAUUUACUCGGCAUCGGUGCAAGCUCUACAGGGCUCCUCAUGCGCUCCUCAUGCGGAUUCCUUCGCACGAGUGCUGGAGCUAGCGCGUGAGCAUUCCGGGGAGAUUCUGGUGACGGUGCAUGAUGAGUCUACAGCAAGCAUACCGUGGGAGCAAAGUGUUGAAGAGCAAUUUGCGCGACUGGCGCAUGGUGCUCAUGCUUCAGCAGAUGCAGCGGAAAGUGCUAAGACCCAUGGAGCACAAGGUUGGGCCCUUCACUUGGAUGUUUGUGGUAGCGUGCAUUGCGCCUAUGUUUCUGUCAGCGGCUCUCGCUGUGCUAUAGCUUUUGGGGGUUCAUCUCAGGUCCUCAACUGGGCAACAGGUAGCGGAAGCUUUCAAGACAUGCAGUCUCUUCUGCUGUCUGCCAAGCAGAAGCCAGCCCGGUUUCAAGCUUCUCAUUCGGAGAUUGAUGUUCAUCAAGGUGUCUUGGAGAUCUAUGAGAACAUCAAGCAAUCUCCAAACUGGGAGCUUUGGAUUCAGGUGUCUUCAGGUGACACACGGUGCAGUGAGGUGCAUGUGUUGGGUCAUGGUUUGGGAGGCGCGGUGGCUGUGUUACACCACCUUGAACGUCCACAGCCACGGAUGAAUGACCUACGAACUUACGGUGCUCCUCGAAUAUUCAACGCUUCACAUCCAACUGCGACUUGCGAAAGGGCCCGGCGCUUUUGGCUGCAAGAUGGACAGUGUUCUGACCCAGUAGCCUCCAUGCCUGCUGCGCUUCAGCAUGACUGGAUGAUCAGCUCACCUUUGCAAUUGAACAAGGACGUUCCAAACCUCCGAACAAAAUCAGGCAGCUGCGGGGACAACUCUGGCUCCACAGAGGCAUCGCUAUGGGAUCGAUGUAGAUUGCUGCACUUGCCCGAGAACUACUUGGCGGCCUUUCAUACCGACAGCCCCUGUGAUGACGCGCAGGUGCUUUUGAGUUCACUCCACAUCAACGACAACGCAGGAACCUCGGCAAUCUUCCCAGGAGACACAUUGCGUUUGACGUGGAAACCCUGUGGGGUGCGCACUCUCAAGAUCGUGCUCUUGGGCGAAACUGGCGAGCCAGUCAGCAAGCAGUCGCAAUGGCUCAUGGACGCUCGUUUGCGUGAAUUUGCCCUAGUGUGGCGUCAGGACUUGGUCGUCGCAGGUAGCAGGUUCCGCAUCCAGCUGCGAGGUCUUGAUUUGUCCAUACCGAGCCCCAUGAACGCCGUCAUGGUCACUUCCCGCUGGCUUUCUUCCCCAGGUGCCAGAUGCCCCGAUGCAGUCGCUGAGGGGUUGGAUGUUGCUUUCAUGGCAAAGUUUACCAAUGAAGUCUCCAGCAUACUGCAGGAACAAGCUGCUGAGUUUUUGCGAGACAAACUGGAAAGCAUCAUUCAAGCAUUUGUUCCAGGAGUGGUGACUGCCUUGAAUGAGGAAGUGAUUUCCAGAGUUCCAAUGGAUUUCCAGGCGUUGCAUGCCCUUUACAACCACCCUUUGCUGAUCACAGCCCUGGCCAAUCUUGGAGCUCCUGUCUCUGUCACGGCAGCUGUUUCAGAAGCAGAGCCACAACCCGAUCGGCUGGAUGACUUGAUGAUUGCAGGGCAUCAGAUGUCCUCGUCUAGCACGCUCUCUUUCUCUCAUUUGGACUUGCUUACAACAGCCUUUGGCCUUGAUACGGCCAAGUUGGUAGAACUUGUGAUUCCAAUUCUCAUCGCAGGUUUACGAACUGCAGGGGUGCCUGAGGCAGCUUUGGAUCACAUUCGUCAAGCCAGCAUUGGGGCAGAACAGCUGGAACCACUGCGCGCAAAUAUCUCUGCCGUAUUGGCGCGAGGCCAUUUCAUUUGCGCCGACCUUGAGUUUUUGGCGCACACCUUGAACAUCAACUUCAUAACCGGAUUCCUUGAGCCUCUUUUGCAGGCAGCAUAUCGAGGGACUCGGGUGCCCUCAGUUCUCACCGACGCGAAAGUUGUUGGGCCGAAUGAUCUAGACGAACUCUGCAUUUCUGCCACGAGCAUUCUUCGCCGAGGCUAUGUGACGCAUGCAGACCUGGAGGCUGUGGCUGCAUUCUUUGGCUUGGAUCUUAUUGAAGACUUCGUGAAGCCUUUAUUUCUGCCUUUCUUGGCAAAGGUGCCUGCGCUGGCUGACGCAGUUCAGCAUCUUCAGCAGGCCCAGUCCGAAAGCGAGGAGUUGAGGACGGCAGUGGCUCUACUGAUGCAGGAGCGCAAGCUGACUUAUCAAAUCAUCAGACUUCUUCUUCGAGCAUUCAACUUGGAUGAGGAGCUCACAAACUUUUUGAGGCUAGCUCUCGAGGCAGUCUUUGAGGAGAAAAGCCAGGUGAUAGAAACAGUUUUGCAGUCCGAAGUGCGGGAGGAACAAGUGAGAGAUGCCUUUCUAGCUUUGGACGCAAUCGUCACUCGUGGUUUCCCCACGUUUUCUGACCUUCAGCAAGUCGGCCUAGCAUUGGGCUUGGACGCAGAGCAGUUGGUGAGGACCCUCUUCCUAAGCAGCUUGCAAGCAGCAGGCGUGCCGAAGGCAGUAUUGGACAAGGUGGAUGAUACUCAUCAGUCUGAAGCUGCUGAAGCUCUUGCUUUGAUGGAGAGAUUUGACGCAGCCAUGCAGAGAGGUCACCUCGAGUAUGUAGACUUCGAGGUGUUUGCUUCCACGUUUAGUCUAGACAUCUCCGACAUGCUCAAGCCGAUUUUGCUGAAGUCACUUCAGGCUUUGGGGAUGGAGAUCAAGCAAACCCAAAACGCACUUUUUCUACCAGUGCCGCCAGAGACCCAGCAGAGCAUCUCGAACAUUCUUGAAAUGGGAUACCCCACCUAUUUUGAGGUGAAGCACCUGUGUGGAGUUCUGGGGCUUUCAGUCCGAGACUUUCUGAAGCCCUUGACCUUGACUUUCAUGAGCCAGUUAAGCCCCACUGCCAGAGAAAUGCUUCAGAAAGCUGCUCCCACACCUGAAGAGUUAGACCGGCUUGAGGUGGCGCUUGACGCAGUUGCAUCUCAGGGUUACAUUGGUGCUGAGGUGACAGUCAUUGCCGAGGUGUUCGGCUUGGAUGCGCUUGACCUUCUCAUCCCAUUGGUAGUCUUUGCUCUGCAACAAUUGCACGCCCCACAUGACUUAGUCAAUGCGGUUGAGCAAGUGGAGACUGAAGACAUUCAGGCUUUGGAGCACUUCUGGGUUUCGAUGUCUGCAAGAGGCAAGCCAUCAUUGGCCGAUUUGAAGGCGCUGUCCACCACCCUUGGCCUCAAUCCCUCUGAGCACUUAGUGAAGCCAGUGAUUGCAUGGAGCCUGACUUUCGCAGGAGCACCACAGUCCACCAUUGAUAGUGUCCAAACAGCAGAUCUAAGUGGAAAUGACAUGAUGAGUACAGUAGAGAACGUGCUGAGCCGCGGCCAUCCAACAUACUCUGACCUAGAAGUCAUCAUGCAGCGCAUCGGCCUUGAUCUUCAUUUCUUUGAUGAUCCGGUGCAGCGCUUUCUUGGAACCUUAGGACAUGAUUUCUCAGCGGAGCAGUUGGAGAAGUUGCAGCAGCAACGCAACAGAUUCCAGCUGCUCGCAAGCAGGAACGUGCCUGAAAUCUUCGCUCGUGGAUAUCCAACAGCAAGAGACAUGGAAGCUUUUGGUCAAGUCUUUGGGUUUAACACGACUGCAUGGCUUCUUCGAACCCUGCCGUCUUUGUUGGCAAACUUGUUGAGUUUUUGGGACGUUCCAAAGGCGGUUCAAGUUGCGGUUUGGAAUAGCCGGCCGCAAGUGGACUUGCUGAAUGUGGCUGAGAACCUGACACAACGGGGCCAUCCAGAUCAGUCAGACCUGGAGUUGAUUGCGUCGACCUUCAAUCUUGAUGCCAAUAAGGACCUUCUCAAGCCGUGGUUGCGAGCAACGCUUGCCAAGGUACUCGUUUUGCCGCGAGAGGUGACCCUUGCGUUGGAAAUGGCUGAGCCAGUCCCAGAAAAGAUACCGCUUCUCUAUUCUGUUGUGCCUGGUUUGAUUCAACGCGGUUAUCCAACGUAUGUUGACCUGGAUGUGUUGACCGCUUGCUUUGGUUUAGACCUUGCAGACACACUCAAGCACCUGAUUCUGCAGCUGCUGAGGCAGGUUGGUGCGCCUUCCAGCAUCACAGAAAAGGUUGGACAGAGAUCCGUGCGCCCUCAAGAAUUUGGAGAGGCCUUGUCUGAUAUUCUGAGACGUGGCUUUCUGGAUUUUGCUGAUUUUCGGGCCAUUGCGAAAGCUUGCGAGCUAGAUCACAUGCAAGACAUCGUGAAACCGUUGCUUUCUGAGCUAUUGACCAAGGCAGGUGUACCUGCAAAUCACACAUCUCUGACUGUGAUUUGGCAGGCGACUGAGGAUCCUGAGCUGAAUAUCUCCGCCCUCCUGAAAAAUGGCUGGCCCGAUGUGCCAGAUUUGCUUGCUCUUGCUGAUGCCUUUGGGCUUGACUGGGGUGAGCUUAUUCAGCCCAUAGUGCAGAGAAUCUUGCGAACAGCUGGCUUUCCGGAUGAGGUCACUGUGCCACCUCGCCUUCAAGUUGACUUGCGAAGAAUUCUGCAGCGUGGCUACCCCACUUCUGCUGAUGUGCAGCAGAUUGCGGCAGACUUAGGCUUGGACUUCAACACAAUGAUGUCCCGUUUCUUGGCCUCUGCUCUGCAAAGUGUCGGUGUAUCAUCCUCUGUGGCGCACCAAGUAGGGUCCUCAAAUUUGCAAAAUGUCGAGCUGCGGGAUGUGCAAGCACUUGUGACCAGGCUGCAGCGGCUAGGGGGGAUAUCCAGCUUUUGGGAUGUCCAACAGAUCCAAAAGAUUGCUGAGCUCGCUGGCAUUACCAUAGAUGUCCAACAAGACUUUCUCAAACCUUUUGGAAAGAUGGCAUUGAUUAUGGCAGGUGCGCCGGAUGAUGAAGCAGCAAAGCUCGAACAAGCCAACAUUGAUCUAGAGAAGAUGAAUGAAGUUCAAUCAGUCUUGACAAGCAUUUGGCGCAGAGGCUUUGUAAACUUCUCAGAUCUUGUGUCACUGCUUGAAUCAUUCAGCUUGCAUGCUCUAGACACGAUCCCGCAGACACUCGUCUCCGUGGGCUUAAAACAAGCAGGUUUGCCGCAAGAGGUGAUGACAGUUGUGCAGAGUCUCCUGCAGCGUGUGCCGCUUGAGGCUGCAGCAAGACGAAAGCUAUGGACUACUUUGACAGAGGUUCUCCAGAAAGGCUACGUUGACUUAGUAGAUUUGGAGUCUAUCGCCUCAGCCCUUGACAGUGAAGUUCGUUUUUUGCGCCAGGCUUUGGUUCCAAUUCUUGACACAAUCGGCUUGCAGGGAGAGGGUUUGCCAGAAGAGAACUUCACUCAGCUACUUCACCCACUGAGUCAUUUCGUGCGCGCAGGCAAAUUCGUCUACACUGACCUCCCGGUGAUUUCAAGGGCCGUCAACUUCAAUCUGGAGGGGCAGAAGAUGCUCAAGGCUUUUGCGCUCGCCACGUUAGAAAGGGCUCGGGCGCCGCCUGAAGCGCUGCAGAAGGUGCAGUCGGCCAAUAUGACAGGUGAGACUUCCAAGCUCCAGGCCGCGCUGGAGUCAUUGCUAAAUGAGUGGUCCAAGGCCUCUACCUAUCUCUUGUUGGAAGGAGUUGCAGAGGCUUUUCACUUGGAUCUGGCGGAGGAUUUGGCAAAGCCAGUGCUCCUGUUGAUCUUGAAGCAGCUCGGGUCUUCAAAGAUUAGCCUACAAUUGUUGGAGCACAUCAACUUGGAAGACCAGAUGGUCACGUUUCAAGAAGUUCUGUCUGGACUGCUUGAGCAAGUGGAGUUUCUUGGGCAAGUCUCAAACAUGACGAAUGCCGAAAUGCAUCAACAUUUGGUGAUUCCAAUGAUAGGGCAUGGUUUGCGGCAAGUUGGGGUGCCUGACGUUGUUUGGACAAAGGCACUCGCAACAAGUGGGCCCUUCAAUCGCAGCUCCAUGCAACAACUCUUUGUCGACUUUGUCCAAGGCGAUUUGGAGCCUCAUGUCAACCACACCAAGCUGGAUUUGAGCGACCUUGCAGGUAAGCUUAGCUUCAACUUGCGCAGCUUGAUCUUGUCAGUGCUUUCGGAUUUCCUUAAGCAUGCUGGGCUCGAUUCACACAUGGCUUCUGCAAUACAGCAAGCAGAUCUUCAUGCGGACAAACUAGUCUUGCUCCAGCAGCGAACCGAAGAAUUGCUCGUCCGAGGCCACUUACACUACCGUGAUUUGAAGCUCCUGGGGGAAGCGUUGCAGUGGACCCCCUUGCAACUCCAUGAUCAUGUGGUGCAGCCUUUGAUUACAGCGGCCAUGACGCGCGUUGGCGUACCUCAGCAGUUCACCACCAAAGUAUUCAUCGAUGGUUUGGAUGCAAACUCCACAGCUGCCAUUGACUCGAUCAUCUCUGGGACCUUUGACAUGGACGACCUGGAGACGAUUUCGAGCAUGUUCGAUCUUGAUUUGACUGAGCACAUACUCAAGCCGAUUCUCACCAGCGUCAUCUCCAAGUCAUGUGCAUGGAAUAGUACUUUGCCACCUUACACGGAGGGGCGUUCAGAUGAGCAGCUCAUGCUUGCACUCCAUGAAAUGCUUGCGAACGGGUACCCAACUUAUGAAACUUUGAGAUCCCUCGCCUUGGCAGUUGGCUUGUCCAUAGACCAAUGCAUCAAACCCCUUGUGCGUCACCUUCUUGUCAAAGUCUCUUCUCCACCAGAGAUACUUGACCUGGUUCAGUCAGCGCAAGGAAGUUGGCUAGAGGAUCUAGAGCCUUUGCUCCCAGAUCUCAUGCAGAGACGAUACCUGACAUUCGAGGACGCUGAAAUGAUGGGCAUCAUUUUUGGCUUUGGCCCUCAGUCUUUGGGCGACGCUGAUGCUCUAGCUGCGAGUGCUUGGAAAGUAGCUCAGCAGCACAACAAAGCCUCGCACCUUGAGCAAGUCAAGGAGGUGAUCGUAAAUGUCAAGAAACGUGGUUACCCCACACAUUCAGAGAUGCAGUUGAUUGCGGGUAUUUUUGGUUUGCAGCCCGAAAUGGAUGAGAUUAUGCGCCAAUUCGUGGCCAUAUUACUUCCCACCUUUCUUAGAGAGCCUCAAAAUGCAUUGAAACUGGCGAUGCUAAAGCCUUUGGUGUUCCAGAUGCUGGAGAGAGGCUAUCCAACCAUUGCUGAUCUGAAAGCACUUGCAGAUGUCUUUGAUUUCAACUUGGCAGAGGCCACCCUGACUCUGAUCGACCGCACUCUGCGCCUGUCUUUGCAUGAGCAGCCGACGUUAGUCGCAGCAGUGGAAGCAGUGGAAUCAAAUCAGCUGCAACAGCUCGAGGUCCCCGAGUCACUGCUUGCUGCCGAGCCGGGAAAAGUAGAGAUGCAGCAUUUGCGCUCUUUGGCAGACACGCUCCACUUGAGCAGCUCAGACUUCGAAAUGCACAUUCUACGGCCCUUGGUGGAUGCCACAAUGGAACGCUUUGUAGAUGGUCUUGAAAGUGUAGUGCCACGGGGUCAUGCUCCGCGUUCCAAAAUACAGCAGGUGAGUAGCAUGUUUGAAGCAAUGCAGGAGCGCGGUUACCCGGUCUACACAGAUAUUGAGGUUCUUGCAGGUCUUCUAGGUUUGGAUCCCAUGCGAGAUAUGCUUCUGCCUUUGCUGGUUCGUGUGCUUGAUAUCAUUGGCGCUCCUGAUGCCUUAAAGCAGACUGUAAGAUCCGCAGAUAUUGACCGGAUCCAGCAAGAGUCUGUGCCACUGAAAGAAGCAUUGCCUUCCAUGUUGGAUCGUGGAUAUCCAGUUUUCUCAGACUUUGAACUAAUAGCAUCAGCCUUGAAUCUAGAUCUAAUGCACGACAUUGUUAGGCCACUCAUGAUUUCAUUCCUUGUUCGAGUUGGAGCACCGCAGUCCUUGUUAAAUGCCAUCGAAGAUUUCCGUCCUGAUGAGGGAGAUCUUCUAGAGCUCAAGUCGCUGCUGCCAGGGGCAUUGAGUCGUGGCUAUCCAAGUCUUUCUGAGGUUGAGACUUUGGCUCGGAUAUUCGACCUUGAUCCUUUACAAGAUUUAUUGCAGCCCUUGGUGGUUGCUAUGCUACGGAAGAUCGGGGCACCCGCAUCUGUGAAUAACAGAGUGGUACAAGCUUCCUUGACACAGGAACACAUGACGGAUGUUCAGACUUCUGUCUCCUCCAUAAGGCAGCGGGGCUAUCCAUCAUAUGAAGAUGUAGACGUUCUCACCCGGGUUUUCAACCUCGACAUGAUGGAAGAUUUUCUCAGGCCAGCGAUCCUUACCGUGCUACUCAAUGUCAAGGCACCCCAAGCAGUGGUGGAUACCUUUAGGGAUGCAAACAUGGAAGAAGCCAAGAUUGACAUGGUGAGGAGCAAGUUGCCAGAAAUGAUGAACCGAAAAUAUCCAACCUGUUCUGAUGUCGAGCACAUCGCUGACUUAUUUGGCAAGAGGGCAGACGAGCAUAUCUUCAAACCCUUGCUUUUGGCUGCCUUCAGCCGCAUCAACGCGCCAAAGAAGGUCAUUACUUUGGUUGGUCGCCUGCCCUUUGACUGUGACAGAGUUGAACCAGCAAUUGCCCACAUUAUGCGCAAUGGGUACCCCAGCUUUCAAGACAUGAAGCACAUUUUAGCAGAUUCUGGCUUGGACGUUUCUCAAGAUAUUUUGGUGCCCAUGGCGCAAGAAGCUAUCACGAAGCAGGAUUCUGCCCUUGGGCUCGCUGCUUUGAGAAUUCAAAGCCUUGUACAAGAAGGUCGAGCUUUGAUGGAUCUUUCCAAGUCUGACUCCGCCAAAUUGGCCGCUGAUUUGACUACCGCAGUUGCGAAUUUGUUCAAUGCUGUAGCUGGUGCUGUCGAGGGUGGUGAGGAGCAAGGCAGAGAGGAAUUUGAACAAGGAACUUGGGCUGCCCUCGAGAGCAUUGGCAGUCCAGCACUAAACCAGGUGGAAUCGUUUCUGUCCAGCAAGCUGGAGAACCCUGCUCACAAGGCCACCUCCAUUUUGGGCAUGAGCUUAGGAGAUGGAGAUGCACUUUGUGAGGGCAGUGGCGUGAACACACAGUUUGAGAUUUUCCUGGAAGGGCUCAGUAGAAUCAAGGCGCACCCAACUAUCACAAGACUGCAGAGUUUGGCUGACUUGCUCAUUGAUGUUGCAGACCAUGGUUACGUCUUGCUGGAUGCAGUGAAGCAGAUCCCUGCACUGGCAGAAGUGGCCCAAUCAGCCCGGAAAUUCGAGCACUUGCCGGGGGUCGGCCUACUUUUGAAAGUCAUAGCUGAAGUUGGUGAUCGCUUGAGUAAGACCUGGAAGGACAACUUUCAGCAACCUACAAACCAGUUGGAAGACCGAAUAUUGGUGCCUGGCACGCGGCUUGAAAACCGUAUUCAUUCAGGUAUAACAAUGGCAGUCAACACUUUGGAAGCUGUUGCUUUGACUUUGAGCAAUUUGCUAAGGCCGCCUACCAGUGUAUUCAAGGACAUUGCAAACGAGCUGCAGGUUUGCACCUUGCUGGAGACCACAACGCCCUUGCAGGAUGCCUCUGGCUUUUUGCUACGAUUGCUGCAAGCUGGUGCCAUUCCUGCGUAUUCAGUUUGGCCUACUGAUCCUUUUCAGGGUGUGUCCCGCUUUAUUCAUGGAGCUGCAGCAAAUCUGAAGAGGGUCUUCAGCACGAUCAUCCGACAUUUGCGGGCUGUGCUCAAUUUUUUGGACAAAGAGUAUAAGGUUUGCCCGUUGAAAUUUUGUUCAAGAAUCACAGUCGCUCAGCUUUUGCAAAAGUCCAGCAAACUGCUGAACCAGUUCGGCUGCGUGGAGCAGCUUGAUGCCAUGCUUCAGCCCAUUCGAAACAUCAAAGUCAUGGUUUCCAAAGCCUUGGAUGGAAUGAGCCAUGAAUUUAUUUCUCCUGAUGCAGUGGAUUUUGCACCAGGAGCACGCAGGCUUGCUGGUUGGACUUUGAAGCCAAGCUGGGACAACUUGCCUGACAUCAGUGCGGUGGCGCAGAAUUUUCAGAGUCUUGACUUGGUGGAGGCAGUUGAACAGCAACAAUCUAGCGCUUUGGAGGGGUGCAUCUUCCAAGACACUGGUUUGGAGGAUGAGGACUGGGGAGUCUACGCUGAAGACAAGCCCUUAGAGAAGUGUUGUGAGGGUAUUUGCGCACGGCAUGGAUGCCUUGUGAGUAUCUCUAGAGAACAGAGUACGGAUUUCCGGAAGUAUGCGGACAGGUGCGACGACGUGCUCGGCACUGGCAUAGAUGAUCGGUGCACAGAGGCGCGCCGUUUGCGUGCCUUGUGGUCCAAUAUCUCCACAAAUAGCGAGGAAAGCGAACUAUGGGCUCCUGCCGUGCCCCAGCAAGUCCAGCAUGGUCGCAGCUUGGCAGAGGAUCAAAUUGUUGCCUUAUCAGUGCAGGAAUGCGCAACAUUGAGUGCCACGGCUGGAUACUGUGCCAUGGUGACUAUGAGUGACGCCGGACUCGCUGGCUUUGAUUUUCAGAUGAGCGCUUGCAUGAGCAAGCAGCUUGAUGAGAUUCUGGAAGAGGUGGGGCUAAUUGACAGCAAGAUCGAUACGCUGAAGACCACUGUGGCGGAUGGCUUCAAGGAUUUGAACGACAGAAUUGACAAGCAAACAGAGGAAUUGACGGGAGCUAUGCAGCAAAUAGCCAAGGAAUCUGUCGAUGAGCUUCAAGCGCACGGACAUGCCGUAGCCCAUCACAUAGUCGCUGAGUUAGAAAAGAAACGGAAGGAUUCUCGAGCCUACUUGCGCUGCACAGCCAAUGCAAACCGGAAAGCCGUGCUGAGUCAUAUUGAUCAAGUGACAGGUCAGCUCACUGGUCAGAUAUCUCUCAUUCAGGCAGACCUUCGGGAAGGUUUCCAGAACCUCACUCUGAACUUGAAGCUUAUGGAGGGGCGCUUGCAAGAUCGUUUGAGUGAUGCGGCGAAUAGUGUGAUUGAGGAGCUGAGUGAUGCCGUGCAAGAGUCCGAAAGAAAAAGGGAGCAGUUCAUAUUCCAGGGCUUAUCCAAGGCAGUUGAAAGCAUAACUGGAAGGAUCAAGGUGCAGACAGAUGAUGUUGGCAGCAUUGUGCGAUCAGAAGUAUCAGCCAUGGUGGCUGAUGUCCAGACUGCCCUGAGCGACACAGGCAACUUGUUUGCGUCAAAGGCGGAGGACAUUUCCGACAGUCUCAUCGACCUUCUGCAGACUCAGACUCGUGAUGAUGUUAGAAGCAUUCAGGACAUGGUGUUGAGAUUAUCCAAAACACUGUCAGGUGAGCUCCAAACGCAAUCAGAGACUGUAGAGGCGCAAGCUGUAGUCCGGUCUAAACGAUUGGAGCAGUUGCUUGCUGCCACCAUUGAAACUGCUUCAUCCGAAAAGAAAGCCAUACUAGAAGACCUGAAAUCCGAAGUCGUGAAAGGAAGGGAGGCAGCAGUCUCUACUGUUGAGGAGGCGUUAAAUGAGCUCCGGGGUGAGGUGGUGCAAACCUUGGCUGUUCCCAUGGAGACCUUGUUGCAAGGGACAGAUCGUAUUGCUCUGGAACUCGAUGAGGGUUUGCAGCAGCUGCCAGCAGCAUGAGUAGUGUGUCAACGGAGAUUUCUGAAAACCAGAAAACCUUAGAAGCCCUGGCAUCAAGCAAUGCGAAGCUGGUGGAAGAAAUGGAAAGUGCAAAUCAGGCUGUUGCUGCUGUGCAUGCCGAUGUCCUCCAGUUGAACCAAGAGGUGUUGGCAGGACAGCAGCGACUAGCUGAGUCGAUUGCAGCUUUGAACAUGAACCUCGACUCAUCGUUGAGCCUGGCAGAGGAUGUGCUGCGACAGGGCAAAGAUUUUCAUUUGAAGGAG